UUUUCCACGUGUCCCACAAGAUGGCAGCCCGCAGUUUCUUAUAGUCAGAAGUGAAUUGCCCAUAAGCAAAUAUUAUUUGUCAGAGCUGUAAGAGCAAAAGUGAAGGUGAUUUUAUUGUUUGCUCUUCUGUUUAAACAUGACAGAUGUUGGUGACAUCCCAAUGGUAGGUUCUCCAUCACUGAAUGAGGAGAAGACAUCUGACCCCAAAGAAGAUGCAGUAGAUGGGGUGAAAACAGAUGAACCCAAUGCUGAAGGUGGAGGAGAAGAAGCAGCUUCUUCCGACCCUAAUAAUCUGUACCGCUAUGUCCAAGCGGACCUCUUCACCUCUGAGAUUUUCAAAGUGGAGAUCCAGAACCUUCCCAAAUUCAUCGGUUUCAAUGACUUGAAGAAGUUCCUGGAGAAGCAUCGCCUUAACCCGCACAAGAUCAAACUGUUCGGGAAGCAGACGUUUGCCUUCGUCACCUUCAAGAACGAAGAGGAGAGGGACAAGGCCAUGAAGAUGGUGCACGGCAUGCAGUGGAAGGGCCGGGUGCUUAGUGUGCGCCUGGCCAAGCCCAAGGCGGACCCUAUGCUCAGGAAGAGGGGGCGGGAUGAGGCCGGGAGUGCCGGGCAGCCCCCCUCCAAGCGGAAGGAGGCAGAGGAGGACGAGGCGCCGCUCAGCAUACAGAUCGCCAACGUGGUGACGCCCCUGUGGAAUGUGCCUUAUGAGGAGCAGCUGAGGAGGAAGGAGCAGGAGGUGGAGGGGGUGCUGCAGAGACUGGCCAGAGAAAUAGGCAACACCAACAAAGCGAUGCUGCCCUGGCUAUUUGUGCAGAAGGAGAAGUACAAGAGAAUGUGUUGCCCUCUGGAAGAAAUUCGCCCAUCUCCGUCACAGGUUGAAUACAGGAACAAGUGUGAGUUUGUCAUUGGUAUUGGAGCGAAUGAAGAGGAUAAGACCAUAGGCUUCAGACUGGGGAAGUACAAAGGGGGCUCCUGUGCCGUGGUGGGACCCUCAGACAGCAUCCAUGUCACCACUGAGGCCAAGAGAGUGGUCAGUGAGUUCCAGAAAUUCAUCAGGACAACCCCAUACUCAGUGUACAGCCCUGAGACAUACGAGGGCCACUGGAAGCAGCUAACAGUGCGGACCACAAGGACCAAGCAGGCCAUGGCUAUGGUGUUCUUUAACCCACAGAAAGUUGAGGAAAAAGAACUAAAUGUCCUGAAGAGCUCUAUGAAAGAGUAUUUCACAGAGGGUGAUGGGAAAGAGAGUGGUGUAACUGCUCUGUACUUUGUGUCAGAGGGACAAAGGCAAUCCCCUAACCCGGAGGACUUGCCGUGUGAGCUGGUAGCUGGAGAGGAGUGUAUUCACGAGGAGCUUCUUGGCCUGAAGUUCAGGAUAUCCCCCCAUUCUUUCUUCCAGGUGAACACAGGGGCAGCUGAGGUGCUGUACUCAGCUGUAGGAGAAUGGGCCCAGCUGGACAAGGACAGCACUGUGCUGGAUGUAUGCUGCGGGACAGGAACCAUUGGCAUCUCACUGGCUAAGAGGGUGAGGAAGGUGAUUGGGAUAGAGAUGUGUCAGGAAGCAGUGAAGGAUGCCAAAGUCAACGCGAAGAUCAAUGGGCUGAGUAAUAUUGAGUUCCACUGCGGAAAGGCUGAAGAUGUGUUCCAGAUGGUGCUCAACGCUGUCGUAUCCCCCAGCAUCACCGCCAUCGUGGACCCACCGAGAGCGGGCUUACAUUCAAAGGUCAUUCUGGCAAUCAGAAGAGCGGAGCAUCUGAAAAGGCUGGUUUAUGUGGCAUGCAAUGCCAAGGCAGCCAUGAACAACUUCAUAGAUCUGUGCAGGGCUCCCUCCAACCGUGUACGUGGAGCUCCGUUCCGUCCGGUGCGGGCAAUGGCUGUGGACCUCUUCCCCCAGACCAUGCACUGUGAGAUGCUGCUGCUCUUUGAGAGGGUGGAUUACAGCUCCAAGAGCAGCAGUGAGAAACCUGAAGAAAUGACCCAGGGCACUAGCGAGAAGCCAACCACCACAACUUAAUAGCACAACCGUUGACCCUUUGCAGUCUCACUAUCUGCUCAUUAAGUUCAACUGUUUUCUACACGUUAAUAUGUAAUCAACGUUAUAUGGAUUCUGUAGUUAUAAUGUACCAUUAGGGGCAGGAUAACACUGCAUUUCAGUUUUAUUUUAAUACUGCCUUGCUGUAUAAUAUUGUUUUACAACUUAAAAAUAAAAAUAUCUCAGUAAAAUAA